CUACAACGCCUUGACGAAGAACAUCGUGGACCAGUACAAUGCCAUUGAGAUACUGCCGGGCCACUUUGUCAGGGGUGAUCUAACGCUUGGCGAGAAUAUCGCAGAUAUCGGUGGACUGAAAUGCGCUUACCAGGGUAUGCGAACUGCUCUUAAGUCGCAUCCCGAGGCAGACCGAGUCAUUGACGGUUGGACUCCUGAUCAGCGCUUCUUUGUUGCAUGGGGCCAGUUCUGGCGCUCCAAAAAGUAGGAAGAACGCAAC